UGGAAGACGUUAUCAUCGAAAACAACGGAGAAACCCACUUGCCAUUUUCAUUGUUCUUUACUCUCUUCCUCUCCUUCUUCAUCGUCUACUGCUAUGUAGUACCAUUUUUGGAACUUACCUUUUGUUAUCUGCAUUUGUUAUUAUAAUGAUUACUUGUCGAAGGCGUUUAUGGUAGCGUGCUAGCUGCUCAUCCUCUGCAAGGGAGAGGAAUAAUGUUGUUUGCUUGGAUUAAGCUCAAAAGCAAUCCAAACACUUCUUAAUUCAACUUUCUCUGGGAGACACUCAAAGUUAAUCUCAGCUUUUGUUAAUUAUUAAGAGGGCAAAUAUAGCAUUGGAGAUAAGGGAAGAAGUUGGUUGAUAGUAAGCAAAGUAUCAAUGGCAACGCUAGGAGAUAUAGCGGUUUCGGGGGCUUUAAAUCUACUGGGUGCUUUCAUUUUCUUAUUGGCAUUUGCAAUCUUGAGGAUACAACCUUUCAAUGAUAGGGUUUACUUUCCAAAAUGGUAUCUCAAGGGCUUAAGAAGCAGUGCCUCGCACUCGGGGGCUUUUGCUCGCAGGAUUGUGAAUUUAGACUUUAGAUCGUAUACCCGGUUUUUAAAUUGGAUGCCUGAAGCGCUUAAAAUGCCUGAGCCUGAGCUUAUUGAUCAUGCAGGAUUGGAUUCAGCGGUUUACUUGCGAAUUUACUUGAUGGGACUUAAAAUUUUUGUGCCUAUAGCGUUCCUUGCUUGGGCUAUCCUGGUGCCAGUUAAUUACACCAAUGAUACUCUAGAGAAAGCCCAGCUGGUGUCCAAUGUAACUGCUAGUGACAUUGACAAGCUUUCAAUUUCCAAUGUUCCACUUAAAUCACAAAGAUUUUGGGCUCAUAUAGUGAUGGCCUAUGCCUUUACUUUCUGGACAUGCUACGUGUUGCUGAAGGAGUAUGAGAAAGUUGCUUCAAUGAGGUUGCAAUUUCUUUCCUCAGAAGGACGCCGUCCAGAUCAAUUCACUGUCCUUGUUAGGAAUGUACCUCCGGAUCCAGAUGAAUCUGUCAGUGAGCUUGUGGAGCACUUUUUCCUAGUGAAUCAUCCACAUCAUUAUCUCAUUCAUCAGGUGGUGUGCAACGCAAACAAACUAGCCAGUUUGGUCAAGAAGAAGAAAAGUAAGCAGAACUGGCUUGACUACUACCAACUCAAGUAUGACAGGAAUCAAUCACAGCGGCCUCUUAAGAAAACUGGUUUCCUUGGGCUUUGGGGUGAAAAAGUGGAUGCAAUUGAUCAUCACAUAUCAGAGAUUAAGAAACUGUCAGAAGAAAUAGAAGAGGAGAGGGAAAAGGUUUUAAAGGAUCCAAAGUCUAUAAUGCCGGCAGCAUUUGUUUCAUUUAAGACUCGAUGGGGUGCAGCUGUUUGUGCACAAACUCAACAAUCAAGAAAUCCGACUUUGUGGUUAACGGAGUGGGCUCCUGAGCCGCGUGAUGUAUAUUGGGAAAACUUGGCCAUUCCAUACAUGUCACUCUCUGUUAGGAGGCUGAUAAUUGGAGUUGCAUUCUUUUUCCUUACUUUCUUUUUCAUGAUACCUAUUGCAUCUGUGCAAGCUCUAGCAAGCAUUGAGGGAAUCGAGAAAAAAGCCCCUUUUCUGAAGCCCAUUAUUGAAAUAAAAUUUAUCAAAUCCGUUAUCCAAGGUUUUCUACCUGGCAUUGCAUUGAAGCUCUUCCUAAUCUUCCUGCCAACAAUUUUAAUGAUCAUGUCUAAAUUUGAAGGCUUCCUAUCUAUAUCAUCUUUGGAAAGGAGAUCAGCUACAAGAUAUUAUAUUUUCCUCAUUAUCAAUGUAUUCCUUGGGAGCAUACUCGCUGGGGCCGCAUUUGAACAGCUAAAUUCUUUUAUCAAUCAGUCUGCUAAUGAAAUUCCUAAAACAAUAGGUGUAGCUGUUCCAUUGAAAGCAACUUUCUUCAUAACCUAUAUAAUGGUUGAUGGUUGGGCUGGAAUAGCUGGAGAAGUUCUAAUGCUGAAACCACUGAUACUCUACCACUUGAAAAAUUUCUUUCUGGUGAAGACAGAAAAGGACAGGGAAGAGGCAAUGGAUCCUGGCAGUCUUGGUUUUAACACCGGCGAACCCCGCAUUCAAUUAUAUUUUCUGCUAGGUCUUGUAUAUGCAACAGUGACACCUGUUCUCCUUCCAUUCAUAAUUAUUUUCUUUGCCUUCGCCUAUGUAGUGUUCCGUCAUCAGAUCAUAAAUGUUUACAACCAAGAGUAUGAAAGUGGUGCGGCAUUCUGGCCUGAUGUCCAUGGGCGUGUUAUUACUGCAUUAGUAAUCUCACAGCUGGCUCUGCUGGGACUGAUGAGUACAAAAGAAGCUGCGCAGUCAGCACCAUUUCUCAUUGCUCUUCCUGUACUCACUAUAUGGUUCCAUGGGUUCUGCAACGGACGCCACAAAUCUGCUUUUGUCAAAUAUCCAUUACAGGAAGCAAUGAUGAAAGAUACCCUGGAACGAGCAAGGGAUCCAAACUUUAAUUUGAAAGCAUACCUUCAGGAUGCCUAUAUUCAUCCUGUUUUCAAAGGUGGUGAUGAUGAUGAAGACGAUGAUCUGAGCAAAAAAUUGGAAACCGAGAGUGUCCUAGUGCCUACAAAACGCCAAUCACGAAAAAAUACACCAGCACCAAGCAAAAUCAGCGGGGCAUCCUCGCCAUCGUUGUUUGAGGUAGUUAAAAAUGGAGAUCCUUAAAAAAAACAGAUUGCUAAAUAUGACACAUACAUGACAACACCUUUCUGUACAUUUGAAACGAUCCAUUACCAGUAGACAGUGGCGACUUUGUAAAUUAAACGAGUCAAGAACUUUCUGUAGAGGGCAAAGGAAGAAGGGCCAGGUGAAACUCCUGACAGGAAAUCAUGUUCUGGGUUUUAUGGCAUUGAGGGCUCUUCAAACUUCAAAGAGAUGUAGAUUAAUGAGAGCAUUGUAAAAGGUAGAUAUUGUGUAUGUGAAUUUUUCAUGAUUGGUUUGUACAACUACACGUAUUCAUAUUUAUUGUCCUAAUCAACGAUGAUAUCCCUUGUAUCUA